AGUGACUGUUUUGUAAAAAAUCCAUUUUCUUUUGGUAAAACCGAAUAAGGCCUAGAGCAGUCUCGACCCUGGGCACUUUCACCAAAUCCAGUCCCUCUCAAUUUCUGUGGUGGGAUUUUCAAUUAACAAUGGCCUCCAAAGCAAGCAGCUCCCUCUUCCAAAGCCUGAGACGCUACAUCAAGAAGCCAUGGGAGAUAACUGGACCCUGCGCCGACCCAGAGUACAAAAACGCAGUGCCCAAAGCCACGGAGUAUCGUGUUCGCUGCCCCGCCACCACUUUGCAAAAGCCCAUCGUCCCUACCUCCGACCCUGAAACCGUCUUCGACAUCAAAUACUACAGCCGCGAUCAACGCCGGAACCGCCCUCCGAUCCGCCGUACCAUCUUGAAGAAAGAUGACGUGGUGAAGAUGAUGAGAGAGAAAACAUUUGAUGUCAACGAUUUUCCAAAGGUCUACUUGACUGCUAAAGUUGAAGAGGAUGAGAAUGCCGUUGGUGGAGGCUACCAGAAAUAGGCGAGCACUGAGCACUGAGCACUGAGCACUUAUGGCUGAAUUUAAUGGUGCACCGGUCCCAUCUGAUUCACUCUCUUAGUAGCUUGUUAUUGAACAAAUGCAGGUAUUGUAGCAUAGCAAUUUCUUGAGACACUUGAAGUUAAAAGGGGUUGCAGUUUCGGGGUUUCCGACAUUAAUAAGGGUGGUUGUCCACAUUUUUUUUAUUUGUUUGGUUUUUCUUUUUCAGUUAAUCAGCAUGCUUGUAUUAAUCCAGAUGCAACAGCAGUUGGAUGAUGAAUGAUAUAAUUGACUCGUUCAAGCUUUUGAUGGUUUUUGAACCAUGAACAAUAAGAAAUGAAUCAGAUAUGUUGAUGAAGAA